AUGGCGCCCUCUGAAGAGUCUAUAUUGAGCAAUUUCUUGCUCACUCCAGCCCCGCUGCCAACUGUACUGUCCCUGCAGAAAUUCACAGAUCUGUUCCCUAAGCGUUUGAGGAACCACCCGCAUAUUCGGGCCCUGUACCGGGAGUUACAGCAGAUCCGGGAACAUGAUAUGGAUCAAGUGAAUGGAAACAUUGACACUGAAAUUCAUGAAGGCGAGCGCCAGAAAGCAGAGCUCCACAAAGCCAGCCUGACAGCCGGUGUGGAAGCAACCAAUGACGAAGAGCAACGGGAAGUGGACAUGGAUCUACAUUUGUUUGGUCAAACUACCUCCAAUUCCCAGGACUAUCAUUCAGUGGAGAGUCUCCUAGCCGAAAUGGAGACGGCUUGCACCCAUAUUGAGCGAGAGAUUGCUGAUAUUGACCAAGAGGCUUCUGGUUUGGUGGCUGGACUUAGUACUACUGUGGGAGGAUUGAGUGAUCUUCGCUAUGGGAAAUUUGCAGGCCCCGGGUCUGCUAGUGAUGUGGCAGAACAGAGUAUCCAAGGGUUGCAAAAUCUGGAAGAAACUUGUUAUGAAAAGAGCACUCCGGAUGCUUGA